AUGGACGACACAUUUGAGAGAUCAUUUUCAAAAGCUAAGCAACUCUAUGGUGCCUCUUUAAGCUCAUUCAUAGCUUCCAUCUCCCUCUCUGUAAUCAUGUUCCUACUAGAAGUCAUCCUGUUCCUCACAAUCCGCACACGCUUCCCCGAUAUCUAUAACAACGCUCCUUCAUAUACAAGGAACACUAUUACAAGCUGGAAAGAACACAUCACAACCGAUAUUCUCCGAUUUGACUGCGAAAUUAAGCACUUCGAUAGAUACUUCUUCCGCCGGUACCUGCGGUCUCUGCUUCUAAUAUUCAUUCCGGCUUCAAUUCUUAUCACGCCUAUUCUUGUUUCGCUAAAUUACACCAAUGGAAAGAAUGCUGAAAGCGGAGUUAGUGGGCUCGAUACACUAGGAUGGUCAAAUGUUGGCCUUGAUCAAGCUGACCGUUACUGGGUUCAUCUCGUACUAAGUUUACUAUUUACGGCAUAUGUCUGCUGGAUUAUCUGGAACGAGCUUGCCUUUUACGUUGCAGCUCGACAACGCUCGCCAAAUAUCACAUUACGCACAGUGCUGAUCGACUCUAUACCAGAAAACUGGAUGUCCGAAAAGACUCUUGCAUCUCAGCUGCAGGUCUUUCCUGCAGAUAUCACUACAAUCUAUUUCAAUCGUGACUAUAGCGCGAUCUCCAAGCUAGCAGCUAAGCGGAAACGCUUGGCUGAAGCCCUCGAGACGGCAGAGACCGCUAAUAUGAGGAAGGCCUGUAGAGCUGGUGUAGAGAAGAGAUCUAAGUGGUCAAGUUUUCCCAAAGUGAGCAGGCGCAUGUGCUACCAACUGCGGAAUGUCAUGAAUAUCCUUACCUGGCUGGGACACGAAAAGGUCGACACUACAAUGUUCUAUCGGGAAGAACUUCGUAAAACCGGUGAGAAGAUGCAGGCCUAUCGUACAAAAAGAGACGAGUUUCCGUUGUUGCGGUCAGCAUUCAUUACGUUUUCCAGUCCGAUUGCGGCCCAGAUCGUAUGUCAAACGGUAAUCCACACAAACUCGGGUUACAUGACCCCUCGAACAUUACCUUUAUCAGUUGAUGAUGUGAUAUGGAGCAAUAUCAACAUCAGUUGGAGUAACAGGACUGUACGCACUGUACUUUCAAAUGUGCUUAUUGGAGUAACCGCAACUGCCUGCGUUGUGCCAGUAGCUCUGGCAGGGCUCCUCUCCCAGAUCAUCUACAUGAGCCAGGCUGUGUCAUGGCUGGGCUGGAUCAGCGAACUCCCAGAAUCCCUAUUAGGCCUGUUACAAGGUGUGCUACCACCCAUCCUGGUGGCCAUACUAAUGAAAACAUUUGUUACCGUACUAGACUACCUUGUUCGAAAACAGGGUAUCCCAAUCAGAAGCCACGUUGACUUAAAGAUCCAAGAUUAUUACUUCUAUUUCCUUUUUAUUCAGGUCACGCUUGUGGUAUCGUUAUCUGCGGGACUGACUGCUAUUGCAAACGAAAUAGCUGGUGGAGCUCCGCUACCUGCAACCUUGGCUAAAAACCUGCCAAAAGCCAGCAACUACUUCAUUUCGUAUAUCGUUUUGCAGGGGCUAUCGAUCAGCGCCAACUCUUUGUUAAGGGUAGAUCGUUUAUUUGGGAAAUUAUUUCUUAGCCCAAUUUUGGACAAGUCAGUCACACAGAUGAUGAUACGGAGAAAGGGUGAAGAAAUCCAAUGGGGUACCUUCGUACCCACCUUCACAAAUCUUUCCUGCAUUGGUAGGCGCCUCUUCUAUCCCAAAGCAUUGAAGCAUCUGCUAGUAGGUUUGUACCUUAUGCAAGCCUGUCUGUUAGCACUAUUCCUUCUCGUACGUGACUCGCAAGGCAACGCUCGGUGCAUCGGGCAAGCAUGCGUUAUGUUGUUUACCACAGGACUAAUUGUAGUAUACCAUCGCUUGCUUCGCAGAGCAUUUGACCCGUUGCUAACCUUUUUCCCUACCGCGCUAGAGAUUCCUUCAGCUGAGGAUACAGCACCGUCUGUACCGUUCCUCCACAAGGCUCUAACGUCAGCGCCAAUAAUUCGUAUCCCUAGUGAUAAUUGUGGAAUCAGCUCUACCCGAGUAUCGCAACUGAGGGAGGAACUAAAGGAUGUGACCAUAACUGAUACAGACGCAACUAUCACAAAAUCGGGUAAGAUGUGUCUCAGAUAG